AUGUCUGUUCCACAGCGCACUGUAAUACCGGAACGGUCUCUGGAGUCAACAUUUUUGGAAGUGGUAAUCUCCAUUAAACAGAUCUCUUCAGGUAAAGCGCCUGAUAGGGAUGCUAUCCCGCCUGAAAUUUACAAACAUGGUGGACAGAAGCUUUUUACGAAAAUGCAUGACCUCUUCAUAAACGUCUGGAAGGUAGGCCGUCAACAUCCAUAUAAGAAGAAAGGUAACAGAAUUGUCUGCGAUAAUCAUUGUGGAAUAUCGCUUCUGUCUAUUGCUAGUAAGAUUCUUGCUCGACUCAUUCUUGACAGGGUCAUCAAACACGUUGUAAAUAAUAUCUAUCCAGAAUCCCAGUGCGGGUCUCCCUCUAGUCGGGGCACUAUCGAUAUGAUCUUUUCCCUCCGACAGGUCACGGAGAAGGUACGUGAGAAAAAUCAAGAGUUGUUCUUGAUAUUCGUUGACCUUACUAAGGCCUUCGACACUGUUAACCAGCAAGCACUAUAG